AAUUACCGAGAAUUCAUGUGGGGCCCGCCUAUAUACACCAGCUCCUCUCGAUUCAAAGCCCCACGCGUUCAUUUCGAACCCAGGCUGGCUCUCCGCUGCUCCACCGCCGGGGUUUUGGUGAAGGGGAUUCUUCGCUCGCCGUCUGAUUCGAUUCUUCAUGAAAUUGUCUUAAUUUAGACCAUCCAGGGCACCAUGGGAACUGAAGACUCUAAAGAUGUAUUGAAAAACAUGGAUUGGAAAACAGUGGGCGGUGCUGUCCCUGGUCAACCAAGUGUGCCGAUCACAAAAAAGCGGCUUCCAAAGAAAAUAAGACAAGUCCCUGACUACUAUUUUCUUCCUCGGCGAUCACUACCUUCUGCUAUUGCUGUCUAUGGCGCAAUCUGUGCAGCUGGAGUUGGUGCUGGGAUGCUAGUGGAGGUUUGGAUAAACAAAAAGAUUAAAGAGGAUGGUGGCAUCGUCUGGGAGAUGGACUGAAUGGGCUGAGCAUAUUUACAGGUGACAGUUGGAGAUGCUCCAAAGUUUUCUAACAUACUCAGAUGCAAAGAUGCUUUAUUAGCUUGAAAUGGAUCAUCUCUAACUCUAUGUCGUGAUCGUGGCCAAGAUGGUUCCAUUUGUUUCACUCCAUAGGCAUUAUGCGGUGUUAUGUUGUUUCUUUUUCAUCCCUAGCUUUUUUAAGCCUUCUCUGGAUUCUUCUUUUCUGGAAAUUAAGUAAUUUAUUGAGUUAUUCAUGUUGCUCAACAGUUUGGCACUGAUUGGAAGCUAGUAACUUUAUGGUGAUGAA